CUGGGAUCCCCCGGGCGUGAAGCCCGCCCGGGCCCGGGCAGCGAUGCUGCGGUGGUUUGGCAGCGCGCUGCGGUCUCGCUCGAGUUCCCAGAUGAGUUCCAGAUGAAAAGGAAUCGGGAUCUGCGUUAGGAAAGUUUAAUUUCUUAUUGUGGCCCCCAGAUUGGCCGGGGAGUGUCCCUGAGCGGAGAUAGGAUGCAAUCCUGUGCCAUGUGCUCUAGGAUGACCCUGCUGGAGCAGAUCCUGUGCUCCUUUCCAGCCUGGCCCAUUCUGGGAUCUCCCCACACCGAGCACAGCCGGCAGGCAACUGGUAGCGCCCUGCUCUGCACCCUCUCGGGAAGGAGAUGCCUGGAAUGCCGGUGGAUCCUGGGAGCAAACGCUCCCGCUCCCGAAUGUGCUGCCACCAGCAAAAGGAGCUGCGAUGUUGCGAAUGCACUUAGAAGGCAAAUCCUGACAGUGUGAGCUGGGGGUGAUUCUGUUCCUGAGCUGAAAUGUGGCUGAGCUGCAGUGGAGAUUUGUUCCCUCUGCAGCAUCAGCCCGGAUUACAGAAUCCUGGCACUGCACUCCAUCAGGUCUUGUUACAGAAAGCGAGUCUGGAGAGGCUGAUCCAAGGCUGCUGCCAGUCAAGGGGAAGUCUUGGAUGGAGAAGGGGAUGGGUUGAUGCUCAGACCUUUCAGCAGGGAAAUACGACACCAAAAUAUUCACAUUCUGAGGUUUUUCUUUCAGCGUGGUUCUCCUCUUGGUGGCAAGAGCUGCCUUUUGAAGCAGCACAUUCAUUCUCCCCUUCAAGCACCCAUAAGUCUCAUUUGCCAGCUCCAGAACCAUGGCAACAGAAGAAAAGAAGCCAGAUGCAGAAUCCACCAAAACACAAUCUACUCCUUCCUCCUCAACCAAUCAGAGCAAGCUGCUGACAAACUCAUUAAAAUUUGGGGAGCAUAUGAUGGCAAGUUUGAAAAAACAAUAUCUGGUCAUAAGCUGGGGAUCUCUGAUGUUGCUUGGUCAUCAGAUUCCAACCUCCUUGUCUCUGCCUCCGAUGACAAAACUCUCAAAAUAUGGGAUGUAAGCUCGGGUAAGUGCUUAAAGACACUGAAAGGGCACAGUAACUACGUUUUCUGCUGCAAUUUCAACCCUCAGUCAAACCUCAUCGUUUCUGGCUCAUUUGACGAAAGCGUGAGGAUAUGGGAUGUGAAAACAGGGAAGUGCCUCAAGACGUUGCCUGCUCAUUCUGACCCAGUUUCAGCUGUGCAUUUUAAUCGUGAUGGAUCCCUGAUAGUGUCAAGUAGCUAUGAUGGACUCUGUCGAAUCUGGGAUACAGCAUCAGGCCAGUGCUUGAAAACACUGAUUGAUGAUGAUAACCCUCCUGUGUCUUUUGUGAAGUUCUCACCAAAUGGCAAAUACAUCUUAGCUGCAACUUUGGACAACACUCUUAAACUUUGGGACUACAGCAAAGGAAAGUGCCUGAAGACGUACACAGGACACAAAAAUGAGAAGUACUGCAUAUUUGCCAAUUUCUCUGUCACUGGUGGAAAGUGGAUAGUGUCUGGUUCAGAAGACAACCUGGUCUAUAUCUGGAACCUUCAGACAAAAGAGAUUGUACAGAAACUACAAGGACACACAGAUGUUGUCAUCUCCACAGCUUGUCACCCAACAGAAAACAUCAUUGCAUCAGCAGCACUAGAAAAUGACAAAACAAUUAAACUGUGGAAGAGUGACUGUUAAAACGUUCCAGGAUUGCUUUAGAGACUGUCAGGAAAAACAACAAAAAAAAGUGUUUUUAAAAAAAAUUAUUAAAAAAUAAAAACACCCAUAAAUCCAGUUUGGCAGGAAACCUGAAGAAUAUUUGAUAAAGUGGUUUCUGUUAGUCUUGGCCCAAAGAAAACAUCUUAGCUCUGCUAGAGCUGGGCAAUGUGGUGGAAAAAAAAAAAAAAAAAGAUGCAGUGUCUCCUUUUCUUGCCUAAUGUUUUGGCAGACAAAUGGAUGGUUCUGAUGUGGAGUCAGAAUUCUUGGACACCCCAAAGAUACUGUAUUUUCUGAUGGCAUUGCUUCUGGGCACUGUUGCUACUUAAGGAAGAGCUGCCAGUCUACUUUGUACCAGUAAGUUAAGUCACAAGCCUAGAGAUGUGUGGAAUUUUUUAAAAAUAUGUCUAAUUUUUUUUUUUUUAAUUUUUUAAGUUUGUUUAUUUUUUUUUUCCCGAAUGUAGGUUCUAGUCUCUUGGGAAGUUUCUGUAUUGUUUUAAAUAGGAGUACUGCAUCUUCAAGGGUGCUUCAUUUUAAAACAUUCAGCUCAAACUUUGUGACCAAAUAAAACCAUGCAGUUCCAGAUUUCCCUCUUCCUGCCCCUGACUUGACUCCUGUGGUUGAAUCUCUUACCUUCUGUAUAGUUGCUUACCUCUUGUUACGUGUGUUUAAUAGAUGCUGUUCUAGAGCAAAGUUACAGUUCUUCUGUUAACCAUUAAAAUGAAUCCUGCUUGUAGUUGUUCUCAGCAUAUUUUAUUUUUUUUUUAUUAUUUUGCCUCUUCUGUUUCUCAAGCCAACUCACAGAACACUGUAAAGUUAUUUCAAUGUAAAAAGAAACAAACCCAGACUUUUUGUAUCUUGGCAAUCCAUGGUAUGAAGCUGUAUUGCAAAUGGCAUGACUCUGUAUCUAUCUCAGCAUUGCUAUUUCUUUCCCUUUUUGUCAUAUCCAUGUGGGAUUUACACAUCCAGAAAAAUACCAUGUGCCAUAAUAAAAAGGUGGGAUUUUAUGUGUA